AUUCAGGCCCUCAGACUCAUGAAAGCUCUGUUUGGAAAACAGUUCCUGAUAAUCCAAACUCUAACAACAAUACCCAACUUGAAACCUUUCAACUCAAGCAUAUCAAAUUGCAUGAGAAAUGGGUUAGUCGAAGAAGCUCAGAAGCUAUUCGACGGAAUGCCUGAAAAAAACACAGUUACUUGGAAUGCCAUGAUUCGUGGGUACUUCCAAAAUGGGCAGUUCCAAAAAGCAGAAAGUUUGUAUAAUCAGAUGCCCUAUCGGGAUAUCUUUUCGUAUAACACGAUGGUUGCUGGGUUAAUGCAAUGUGGUGACAUUAGAGGGGCUGAAAAGGUUUUUGAGUUUAUGCCUUACAAGGAUGUUGUCACUUGGAAUUCGAUGAUUUCAGGGUAUAUUCGUAAUGGGUUGAUCAAGAAAGCCGUUCAGAUAUUUGAGGGAAUGCCAGUGAAAAAUGUGGUUUCUUGGAAUUUGAUGAUCUCGGGUUUGGUGAAUAUUCAAGAGCUGGAUUUGGCUGAGGAGAUGUUUAAAGAAAUGAGUACUCGGGAUGUUGCGUCUUGGACUAUUAUGAUGAAGGGGUUUUUGGGUGAAGGAUGGAUUGUUGAAGCAAGGGAAAUUUUUGACGCGAUACCUGUAAGGGAUGUGCAAGCUUGGAAUACGAUGAUAGCCGGUUAUAUAGAAAAUGGGUGUGUUGAUGCUGCAGAAGUUCUGUUUCAUAAGAUGCCCGAGAGGGACUGGAAUUCUUGGAAUUUGAUGAUAAAUGGGUUGGUGGGCAGUCAACUGAUAAGUGAUGCUAUGAGGCUUUUUAUUGAAAUGCCCCAAAAGUGCCAAAGAUCAUGGAAUUCAAUAUUGUUGGGAUUAAUUAGGACUGGGCUCAUCAAAGAGGCUCAUGCUGUUCUUGAGAAAAGCUCGCUCUAUGAUGUUGUGUCAUGGACAAAUAUGAUUAUUGGUUAUUUUAAUAUAGGUGAGGCUAACAGUGCACUAAAACUUUUUGAAUUGAUGCCUGCUCGUGAUACUACUGCUUGGAAUGCUACGAUAUUUGGACUGGGAGAAACUGAUCAUAGUGAGGAUGGUCUAAAACUAUUUAUGAGAAUGAAAGAAGGUAGUCUGUUUCUAGAUGAAUCUACUUUUACUAGUGUUCUUACAAUAUGCUCAAACUUACCAUCCUUAAAUCUAGGAAAACAAACUCAUGCACAAGUCAUUAAGGUGGGUCUAGAUUUUUUUACUUCGGUUUGUAAUGCCAUGGUUACUAUGUAUGCUAGAUGUGGAAACAUGGAUUCUGCCUUAUUGAAAUUCUCUUCUAUGUCCAACCAGGACGUGAUUUCGUGGAAUUCAAUAAUUUGUGGAUUCGCUCACCAUGGACAUGGUGAAAAGGCCCUGGAGAUGUUCAAACAAAUGAGAUUAACAGAUGUUAAGCCCAAUGAUAUAACCUUUGUAGGUGUUCUAUCAGCUUGCAGCCAUGCAGGUUUGGUGGAACAAGGCAAAUACUACUUUGAUUCCAUGAAAGACGAAUAUUUUCUUCCCCCAACAAGUGUGCACUACACUUGCCUUGUUGAUCUUCUAGGUAGAUUUGGACUUAUUGAUGAGGUCAUGAGUAUUCUGGAUCAAAUGAGAAAGGAUGGAAUUGAAAUUCCUGGAAGUGUUUGGGGAGCCUUAUUUGGGGCAUGUCGAAUUCAUACGAAUAUUAAGCUGGGUGAGAUUGCUGCAAAGAAAAUUCUGGAGUUAGAGCCAUCUAACUCUGGUACGUAUAUGAUUUUGGCUGAAAUGUAUUUGGGUAGUGGAAGGAAAGAAGAUGCCGAGAAGAUAUGGGUCCAGAUGAAAGAGAAGGGAAUCAAAAAGCAGCCUGGCUGUAGUUGGAUUGAGGUAAACAACAGUGGGCAUGUCUUUCUUUCAGGAGAUAUUUCACACUCCAAGUUCUCCAGCAUAUGUUCUAUAUUAAACUUAGUGUACAUAGAAAUGGAGAUUGAAGUUUUGAAACCAAAUGUUGCUUCGUUUCAAGACACAGACGUAUCAUAUAUUCAAUAGAUGGAUGAUAUUUAUUUGACUAAGAUAUUACCUCAGUCUUGAGGUGCAAUGUCCCAAAACAAGCACAAACUAAGGAAAAUGGGAGCUUUCUUGCAGCAUGGGGGUGAGAUAUGGAACUUGUGCUCAUGGAAGUGGUAGUUGCCUGUCAAAAGAUCUAAAAAAAUGCAGCUGACUUGUAUCACAGUAUAAAAGAUUGUUUGUUGCAUUGGUACACACCUAGAAGCAGAUUUUGGAGAUGCAAAGGCCAUCUUAAUGCUGGCUUUAUAUUCACCUCGCAUCGAGUUGUCAGACUGCAAAUGGUGAUCCUAUGGCUCUGGGACAUGGCAAUGUUGGGGAAAUAAAAACUUUACUCUUCGUUGUAUUAAUUAUGAAAGCAGGCAGGUGAUGAGAAAAUGGAUAUGGUGCCCUUUAGCGUUGGAGAAGCAUGAAUGUACAUGUCUUAGUCGUCAGUGUUGCAUGGGCAAGCAGCUACAAGACACCAGUCACGUAUCCAUUUUCUUAUAGUGAGAGGAGCUGAGCACAACCAUCAUAGCAUUGUGAAGUAACUCUUAAUUGUUGGGUAAGCCUUUGUUCAAAUGUAGUGGAGUUCGACCUUGUAAUGUGCAUGUCCCUGGCUAG